UGCCACGCCGACAGUCAUCUACCACAAUCCUACCGCUGGUCAAUAUCUCGUGUGCAGCAGCGCCUUGUGCGCUCCGUGUCCCCGACCAUGGCCACUGUUGCCGAUGAGUUGUUGAACGACUUUGGCGACUCGGGCGACGAAAACGAUGAGCACGCCGUAGAACAUGAGUUCCAUUUGGGCGAUACGCAAGAUGAGCACGCCGCCGGCUCCCAGAAUGGCGAUAUGGACCUCGACGGCGACGAGGAAGCGGUGGGCGAUGAUGGAGGAGGCAGCGACGGAAACGUACCGGGCCAUCUCAAGAUGGACGAUGACGAGACCGCGGAGGAGACCAAGGCGCGCGUGGAGAAGCUGGAGUUGCAGAGCGUGACUGAUGUGCGUAGCGUUGCUGGUCUGAUGAAGCAGUUGGAUCCUCUGCUGAAGGACAUUGACCACUACAAGAGCUUGCCACCGGGGCAGGAAACGCGGAACAUUGGCAACAUCGAGGAUAAUCCCGAGUACAAGCUGCUCACGCAAUCGAAUACGCUGUCCACGCAGAUUGAUGGGGAGAUCAUCCUGGUGCAUAAGUUCAUUCGCGAUCACUACUCCGUCUGCUUUCCGGAGCUUGAGACUUUGGUCCAGAAUCCACUGGAUUAUGCCAAGGCUGUGGCAAUCAUUGGCAACGGGCCCAUGGAGGACAUCAAAGCCAUCAGCGAGAAGACGGACAAUCUCGUUGGGCAGUCACUGAAGCAAGUGCUCGACAGCCCGUCUCUCAUGGUCGUUACACUCGAGGCGACUAAUACUGCCGGAACACCUUUGCCCGACAACGAGCUGGCGACCGUGCGAAGGGCAUGUCAAAUGGUACUGAGGUUGGACAGCGCGAAGCGAACGCUCACGGACUACGUGCAAUCUCGCAUGUCGAUGUUUGCCCCCAAUCUCACUGCGCUCAUCGGAUCUUCCACUGCGGCACAGCUCAUCAACUAUACCGGGGGCAUCAUAGGUCUGGCAAAGACACCAUCUUGCAAUAUUGCUCCAUUAGGCAACAAAAAGAGCGCUCGUGGCGUAGGUCUUGCAACCAACGUUGGCAUCCGAAACCAAGGAAUUCUCUUUAAUAACGACAUCAUUCGACAAAUACCUCAAGAUCUCAAGGUCCAAGCCAUGAGAAUUCUGUCUGCGAAGAUCGUGCUCGUGGCACGUACAGACAGCAUACAUGCCUCACCCUCAGGGGAGUACGGUCUGCAGAUGGCCGAGGAAGUGGAACGACGAGUCAACAAGCUGUCGGAGGCACCGCCGAAUAGUGGAAUACGAGCACUUCCCGCGCCAGAUGACAAACCUAGUAGGAAGCGCGGGGGUCGAAGAGUGCGCAAGAUGAAGGAAGCGACCGCGAUGACUGAUUUGCGAAAGGCCCAAAACAGAAUGGCUUUUGGUAAGGAAGAAGCUGAAGUCGGCUUCGGAGACAGCUCCAAGGGGCUAGGCAUGAUUGGUGCGCAAGAUGACGGCCGUGUGCGUGCUACACAGAUCGACCAACGCACCAGAGCAAAGUUGUCCAAAAAGAACCAGGGCUGGGGUGAUGCCACUCCAGCGAAUUCCAGUGGUACGACGACAUCACUGCGAGGCUUCCAAGGUGGCAUCGCAAGUCAAGGCGCUCUCAAGGCACAAGGUCUUCGAGCUGCGGGCGUAGGCAGCGGGCUCAAGACCAAUGUUGGGGGCUCUGGUGGAACUGCUACGAAUGUCGCCUUCACACCGGUACAAGGCAUGGAACUGAUUGACCCUCGCAAACGCGAAGAAGCCAACCGCAAACGCAAAGCCGAUGAAGACCGAUGGUUCAAGAACGGCACGUUCACUCAAGUUGGUGGAGGUAGCAUGGCACCUCCCCCAGUUCCGAAGAUCGAUUCUAGCGGUUUCAAGGUCCCUGCUCUACCCGUUAAGAAAGCGAAGACUGGAGGUUGAAUCAGCUGUAAAAGGACGAUGGGCCCUUUCAACCGGUUUCGACAUUGGACCUCGUCCGACUCUGCGAGCUUCAAAUGAAUGGCGGGGAUUCGAACGGGAGCAGAGUGGCGCUGAUCAUCCACGAGUAUCAUAGGUGAUCUGAAGAGAUGGGCAAGGCCACAUAGUCAUGUGCCCUGACUUACCCACAUCCAUAAUCAAAAAAGACAUGCGCACGGGCUGACGAAGAAUUGUCACAGUAGACAGUCGUUCCCGAAAAUUGCGUUACGCAUGGAUAAUCGUUAUGACUGAUCAGUGAUCACCUCAUUAUUUCAUACAGAUAUCAUCCAGUCGUAUCUAGAGC